AUGCUAUGCGAUUUUCCCAGUCGCUUUCUUGUAGUUCCUGAACAACCAUUAGUUCAUGUUUUUUUUUUAUUCUAUCUUUUUGCCUUUUCUUCAUGCCUUUUCUUCAUUUCGCCUUUUCUUCUUUUCCCUUCUCUCUUUCCUUUUUACUCAUCUCUCUUCUGCCCGCCUUUAAACGCGUUAAGCUCUAAUAAUAUUGGACAACGUAUUUUAUUAAGCAUUCAUGAUCGGUGUUAUGCUUGCGUUUUUUCUUCGUUUUCAUCCUGUCUUUUCCUUUCGCUUUUUUCUUCUUUUCCUUUUUCUUUGUUUUUAACUCUUCUUCUUUCUUUCUUUUUCAUUUUUUGCCUUUUCUUUUUUCCUUCUUUCUCUUUUUUGUUUUUUUUCUUUUUACAUUUGAUUUUGCUGUCUCUUCUUUUUCUUCCUUUCUCUUCUUUUUACAUUUUCUUCUUUCUUUUUCUUUUUCGCCCUUUCUUCUUUUUAAUCUGCCAUUCUUUCCUCUUUUCUCUUCUUUUUCCUCCUUUCUUGACUAUUUUCUCUUUUCCUUCCUCUUGUCACUUUACUUUCCUCUCUCUUCUAUUUUACCGUUUUCCAUUCCCCCCCCCCUUUUGA